ACCAGGAAGAGCAAUUUUUGGUGGGAAACUGGUGCUGGGACCAAUUUGGAUCAGGAGGUCAGCAUCAGAUUGGGCCCCACCCUCUGUGACAGGAACAAGUCUGCUUAAAAAAAAGAAUAAUAUAACAAGUAGGUUAGCUUGCCACAGAAACUGGUAUGCAUCAAAGCAGCAACAGGACAAGUCAGGACUUGAUCUACUGUACAGUAAUUUAGAUUACGUAUCAGUUUCGAUUUGUGUCUGCUGUUUCUAUGAGUUUCCUGCAGGGGGUGAUGUUUCCAUUUUUUCCUUAGAGCUAAAAUGAAAUUUUGUAUAAAUUUCUCAACAUUUAGAAAAACAAUAGAGAAAACUGAAUGUCUUUCUCAAACUUAUUUUAUUGAACCUACAAAUAUUAUCAAAAUAUUCUUUCUCGUCUGAAAUACAGACUCAGAUAUUGACAAAUUAUUAUCUGGGAACAUCUGGUGUUCAGGAGCAAAGGCGAAAACGAACUAUGACUUUAAAAAAAUUGUUUUUCAUUGAACUAAGUCAUAUUCAGAGCACCCCCACUGGUGAAUGGACUUAAGCCCACUGCUCUGAUUAUAGCCAGCACUGGAUAUUACUGCCCUUUAUAAUUCUAUCAUUGAGGUGAGAUCACAGACUCACACAUGCAGACUCACCAAAUAUAUCAAAGCACAUCUCUCAAAGACUGUACUUGAGGCUUACAUUUCAAAAAUGAAAAUAUAAAUGCAAGUGUUGAGAUUUCUAGAUUUAGGGGUGUUUUUUAAAGAAGAAAAAGAAACACAACAUACAUAACAUACAUAACAGUACUCAAGACAAUAUCUUCCAGGAAAAGAUGUACCUUGACAAAAGCAAGGCAGAUCAUCAAAGCAUUCUUGACAGAGCAGGUUACAAUAUUGUGGGGCAUCGCCUGGCAUUCAGGUAUCCAUUGCUUCCCCAUCACCUUCCUUUUCCUUCCCUUCUCAUCCCACCUAAUCAAAUUAAAUCAAGCCAAAGCCUUCUGUUGCUGUUUGCUCUGCCUCUGGCCUCUGCCUCAUCGACAGACAGAAUAAACCUAUACCAUAAAAAUGUAUUGUGUUCCCAGUUCCUUUACCUGCAACAUACAAAACAAGUAUGUUUUCCAGCCAGCAAAACAGCCAUACCCUCUGGAAACUACCAACCAGCUGAUUCUGCGUCUGCUUCUUUCUAUUGUUGAGCUAUUUUUAACCUGGAAGCCAGCAGCAAAUAAAUUAUUAACUUGCUAUAAAAAAAACAACCCAGGCCCGAAUUAGGACAGAUUUUGGGAUCUAGGAAUGUGUAAAUGAAUUCAAAGUUGAGCAUUUUAAUGACACUUGUUUGGGGAGCAAGAAUAUUUGGCAGGAUGUUGUCCAUUUCCUCCUAGGUGUGACACUGAAACAAAAAGCAAAACAAAACAUUGUUUGGUCAUUAAACCAACAAACUUAGUCACUGGUUGAUUAGGAAAAAAAUCCUGACAACUCCUAGGAUAGCUCAGUCAAUAGAGCAUGAGACUCUUAAUCUCAGGUUCUUGGGUUCGAGGCCCAUCUUGAGCCAAAGAUUCCUGCAUUGCAGGGGGUUGAAGUAGAUGACCCUCAAGGUCCCUUCCAACUCUACAAUUCUAUGAUUCUAACUCCCUUUCAAAAACCUAAGCUUUAAGCCUGCUUUCAUGUGGCUCUAGCCACAUGAAAAAGCAAACACCAAGGAUCCCCUUUAAAUGAUUUACACUUAGAACCAUAGAACCUCUAGACCUGGAAGGGAUCCCCAGAGUUCUAGUCCAACCCCCUGUAAUGCAGGAAUCUCAACUUUAUUUGCCCCACGGUGCCUUGAACGCUCUUCUUUUGCCGUAACCCCCCUCAGGCUCUCCCCCAAUUUUACCCUGAGCCGAAAGGUGAGAAAUCCUCCCAGCCCCCGGAAUGUAUCUCUAACCUGAGGAGGAAGGAGGGAAAGAAACUCUGACUCAGCCACCUUGGUCUCUAUCACUGGUCAUCAGGCUGGAGCCCGGCCUCUUCUGGUUGGCUGCGCAGAGUCCCGCCUCCGCUGGUCAUUGGCGUCUGUCUCCUGUUCUCUAUAAAGGUAGCCUCCCCCCUCCGCUGGGCUUAGUAGAGUCCUGCAGUCAGGGAGGGAGUCGCGCAGGAUUUUCUCUUUCCCUUUGGAGCUGCAAAGACGUUUGCCGGUGCGCCCGCUUCGCUCCUCGGCGCCGUCAUGAGGGAGAGGAGGACGCCUCAGCCGGUGGUGGCCCGCUGCAAGCUGGUUCUCGUCGGGGAUGUGCACUGCGGGAAGACUGCCAUGUUGCAAGUGUUGGCCAAGGACUGCUACCCGGAGACAUACGUGCCCACGGUUUUUGAGAACUAUACGGCGUGCCUGGAGACGGAGGAGCAACGGGUGGAGCUCAGUCUGUGGGACACAUCUGGAUCCCCAUACUAUGACAAUGUGCGCCCCCUGUGCUACAGCGACUCCGAUGCGGUCCUGCUUUGCUUUGAUGUCAGCCGCCCUGAGACCAUGGACAGUGCACUGAAGAAGUGGAAGACAGAAAUCUUGGACUACUGUCCUAGCACCCGAGUGUUGCUGAUUGGCUGCAAGAUAGAUCUGCGUACUGACCUCAGCACCUUGAUGGAACUGUCCCACCAAAAGCAAGCCCCUGUCUCUUAUGAACAGGGUUGUGCUGUGGCCAAGCAGCUAGGAGCAGAGACUUACCUGGAGUGUUCAGCCUUCACAUCAGAGAAAAGCAUCCACAGCAUCUUCCGGACAGCGGCGUCCAUCUGCCUGAGCAAGCCUGGCCCCCAGCCCCCCAAGAGCCCAGCCCGAAGUUUCCCCAAGAGACUCCUCCACUUUCCCAGCCGAUCUGAGCUCAUCUCUUCCACAUUCAAGAAGGAGAAAGCAAAAAGCUGCUCUGUCAUGUGAAGGGGCUGCCUACUUCCGGGGAGUAGGGGGUGGCGGUGGCAGCGGAACCAUUGCGGACACUGGGCCCUCCAGCUGGCCCUUAUGGGGUGGGGAAGGGAGGGGGCUGCCUGGCUCCCAUGGGCCAGGCCUGGAGACUCCAGAAGGAUCCCAUUCCCAACUCCCCUGCCAGCUUGAGCAAGCCUGCCGUCCCUUCCGCAUUGCAAUGCUUCCCUCCAUGCAGUUGCAGUGUGCGCUUCUUCCUGAUAGACAUGAAGCAGGGAGGGGGAGUUUGGCUGGACUGCAAAGGUGAAGGUUGGCUCAAGACCAACCCUGCUCCGGAAAGCCUUGGGCCUUGGCAUAGCAACAUCGUGGACAGCAGUGGCUCUGGUGGUCGUUCCACAUAGAUUUGGAAGGUUCUAAAGAAUCGCCCCCUUUCUGAUGCACAGUUAAUAUCUUCGUUUGGCCCUGAUCACCUCUUCCCAUCAGCUGCUUGUCUCCAUUGCCUGUGUGAAGCAGGCCGAGUGCAGAUCACCUCUCCCUUCUCCCCCCCCCAAGCCUUCUGAAUAUUAUGUCCUUCCUUUUACCCUCCUCCCUCUAGCAGGAGAGGUGUCCAGGUACCCUCUUCUUCACCCUCUACAAUUGCAGGUGGAGGGGGGUGGAGGGCAGGACGAGGGAGUGGUUGUUUUAUAGACAUUGUCUCUAUGUGUAUGGGAAGGAAAGGAAAUGGGGUAAAUCUGUUAAAUGUUCAGUGUUAUUAAAAGAAAAAAAACUUAUUUAUUAAUGAAAAUAUAAUGCAGAUUAACAUCCACAUUUGAGGGGUUUCUUAUUUGUUGGUUUCAUUCUUGGAUUUUCCUGGUCAUGGAGGAAACUGGGAGAGAUUGACUUGUAGAUACCUAGCCCAAACCAAAGUGAGCCUUUUAGGGAAUCCUUUUCCUCAUUGACAUGUCUUAUGGUGCCUCUGUCCAUUGCAAUAGAUUCUGGGGCAUGUUCUCGAGUGAGCAGUCAGUUGGCCAAAUCUGCCUCAUUGGUGCUCUGCUUCCGUGCGCUCUAGAACAUGCCCAAUGCUCUGUGACAAUGUGUGUUUCAGGAAUAGCUGUAUUUCUAGGACAGGUUGUCUGCUUCUACAGAUCUUCUGAUUAGUUCGUGCAGCAGUUUUGAUUCUCUUAACUGGCCAGUACAAUGGACAAGUCCCCAAACCAUUUCUUCAUACCAAAGCCUAGCAAAUGCAAUACUUCUAGGGUGGAGGGGAAUACAAUGAAUACAGCUAGAAUAAUAUUGAGGGGCAUACCUUUUGCAAUCUCUCUAGCUAAAGGUUAAUGUAAGGUGAUGCUAGCACUAUCUAAUUAAGCUGGGAUGCUGGAGGUCGUGGCUCCCUUUUAAGCACCAACUAUGGAAGCAGACUUCAGUGGUGGUGUACAAAGUGGUUGCAGGUAACAAUGAUGUUGAAUUGCAUACUGCCUCCCUUCCUUGUGGUUAUCUAAGCCCCCACCUGGUUGUGUUCCACAGUUAACCUGCACUACAAGAAGCCUUAGCUUGAGCUGGGCUAGAAUUCUGCAUCCUUUCACCAUUUCUGAAUUUGGUUAGUGGAAUAUAGUAUGGAAGUUUUAAUCCUGUAGUUUCAAGGAAUGGACUGCUUUGAGUAAGAGAAGCUUCUCACCCGAGGCUGUCUGUACUCUUCUCUUUACCCAAAAGAGCUCACUGAGGCCUCAUGACUGACUACCUGACCUCUGCUGCUGGAAGAUAACUUGAGAAUGUCUGAGGCCAACUAUUCUGCAGACAGUGGCACACCUAUAGAAGUUGUGAUCUUGCUGUUACUGCCUGGCUGUGCUUGUGUUACAACUGCAGCUCUCAGGAAACGGGCAGGAGCCCUUCCAGAGUCAGUCUUCUGAAUUCCAGCUUUCCUCAUAAAAGGAUUGAAGAGUCCUAGCCCUCCUUAUGAUGAACUCUAUCCACUGUUUGUUAAAAGGGCUCUGCAUAUCUACAAUCAGAAUACCUGAACAAGAGAGUACAUUUGAAUACUUAAGCAUGCCCGGCGCCCUGGCGCCGUGGUGCGCUGGAUCCCUCCGGCGCCCCCCCGGCCCUGUUUCCU